AUGUGGAAUCGUGCGUGUUUUCUCACGCGCCUCGUCGCUUCUUCGGUCCGCGUUUCUGAAACGGCCGGUGGCAUUAUUAAGGUUUAUUGCUGCUUUAUGGCAUUUUCACUCAAAAUGAACAAUUUACAGUCAGUUAUGGCCGGUGGCGACUUGAAAAUUGUCGACAAAAGCGAAUUUGGCGAGCCGUCGGACCCUCAAACCGAAGCGGAUCGUCGCGCUCAGUUUUGCAUCGUUCAGUCGCUCCAGAAGCACUUUUCUCAGUUGAAUAUUAUUGGCGAGGAGGUGAAGAUGCCAUAAAGGAUGAUUUUAAUUUUUGCGAGUUCAGGACAUCACUUCUGCCGUUCCAGAUGUGGAGUUGGGCUACAGUUUGGACGUUUUGCGGACGGAGGCUCAGUUUUCCGAUGAUCUCAGGGCGAUUAAAGAGGAUGAUGUGAAUAUUUUGUCGAUAUUGGAUAUGAAAAAAGCUUAUUAUUGAUAAGUUUUCUCGAAAUUUCAACUAUUCUUAUUAUUUUCAUGCUUUUUUUAUUGUCCUUUCUGAGAUGUAAAGAAGAUUUUCGUGUAUCUGAUGUUCAUAGUGAUGAUUUCCCAUGAUAUCGUUACACUUUUGAAAGUUUUUUAAAGUUUGGCAUAAAAAAAUUCGAAUUUCAAAAUUUAAGGUCGUUGUUUGGGUCGAUCCACUCGAUGGAACUUCUGAGGUGGCCUUGGCCGUGAAGAAUAAAAACGCGGGUUUGUUCAUUAAUGUAUUUAUUUAGGUAUUCAUGAAUUUUUUUCUAUGUUGUUCAUUUCCGUACAGAGCUCUCGAAAGACAGGAAAUCAUUAGGAAUGAAAAUUUUCUGUUUAAAAAUGUAAUUUCUCUGCUUUUGAAACAUUCUUGCUGUAUUUCGAGGCAUUUUGCGUUUCUCCUUUUUCUUACAAUGUUAAUUUAUCGAAAAAAUAUUCAUGCUGGUUAAAAAUGCUUCAGAAAAUUGUAAAAAAGGAAAUAUUCCAACCCUUUUUGAACAAGUAACAUUUCUCAUUGGAAUCGCUCAUGAAGGCCGAAAAUAUUCGCUUUUUUUUCACCUAAAAAACAACUUUUGUGUGUUUCCAAGCUUAUUUUGUGCGUUUCGAGACAUUCUAAACUUCUCCCACCCGUGUAUUUCUUAAAAAAAAUCUCUAUUAACUCGCCAAAAACAUCAAAGUUUUCACGUAACAUUUCUCAUUAGAAUCGUGUAAAAAGCUGAAAAUUUUCGCUUAUUUUAUGGUUAAAAAGGAAUUUUCUCUGUUUUAAAGCACGUUUGCUGCAUAUAAAAAAAUUCUACCUUUCUCCUUUUUGUGUAUUUCUUUAAAACACGGCUGAUUCGUCAUGAUUGAUAACUAAAACUGCUACAGAACGGUUUAAAAAUCAAUAUAUUCCAGCUCUCCCCGAGCAAGUAACAUUUAUCGUUUGAAUCGCUUAUAAAGACUGAAAACUUUCGCUCUCUUUUUUACCUAAAGACAUUUUUCUGUGUGUUUGAAGCACACUCGCUGCAUAUUUCCUCUUUGUGUAUUUCUUUAAAAAACGGCUGACUCCUCAAAAAGGGGUUCAUGAUGAUCAAAACUGCUACAGAAAAAUUUAAAAAUCAAUAAAUUCCAGCUCUCCUCGAACAAGUGACAGUUCUCAUUGGGAUCGCCUACAAAGGCCGGCCCGUCGCCGGCGUCAUCCACCAGCCGUACUUUCAAGAGUCCGGACGCACGAUUUGGGCGAUACAGGGAUGUGGCGUCCAUGGCGUCACGCCCGCCACCGGUUUGGGUUCAUUUUCCAUCUUCUUCUGAUUUUCAUGAAUCUUUUUUCAGGAGCCCCGACGGGCUCGAAGGUCGUCGUGACGACGAGAAGUCACUUGAGUGAAUCUGUGACCGGCGCCUUGGAUGCGUUGAAACAACGUGGCCUGGCCGAUUCGGUCGAGAAAGUCGGCGGGGCUGGUUAUAAGGUUUGAAGUUAUGAAAAGUGAUAGUGAAUCGAGUUUUCAGCUUGGAAAUAUCCAUUUUUCUCACUGUAUCUAUGCUUUGAAACUCCAGAUUGUCCCUAUAGGGGCAACUUCAAGCGCCCUUGGAGAGUCCCCUCUAGGAACCACUUUACCAGCCCCUACAAAGGCCACUAAGGCUUGCAAAAGUGGUCCCUUUAGGGACAUGCUAAUCAAUGAUUUUCAUGAACUCUAUGAGAAGAAGCGUUUCCAUGCAAAAAUUGAAUAAAUAAUCGUUUUUUAAGGAAAUUGAAAGACCCCUAUAGGGACCACUUAAGCUUUAGGGCUAAGUGGUCAGAUCCUAAACCCCUAUAGGGACCACUUUUUCGGCCCUUAUAGGAGCUGUUUUUCCCCAAAUCUCUAUAGGGGUUACUCUGUAGUUCCCAAGUAAGUAAUUCCAAUUUUUCCUGGAAGGAUAGAGACGGACUUUAAGGCUUCACUUUAGGCUUUAUCUAUAGUCUGCUGUCUGCGUCCUCCACUAACCAGGCACUAUCUCUGUUUUUUCGUGUCAGGACCAUUUUUUCGAAGGCUCAAGCCAGCCGUGUAUAGGUUUCAUUCGAAAUAUUAGUGAAGCUGAUGAGAUUAUUGGAAUUUCUGAACUUUUUUCAACCUCAUAUCGUUUUCCAGGUCCUCAAAGUGCUGGAAGGAUGUGCGGCGUACGUUUUUGCCAGUGCCGGGUGCAAAAAAUGGGACACUUGUGCGGUUGAGGCCGUUCUUGCUGCGGCAGGUUUGCAUUCAAACUUUGAAAAAUGUUCGAAAAUUCGAAAUAGACGGAAUUUUCAUGUUUUGAAUAAAAAAUGUCUUUUUUAUCGAAUAUUUUUCGAUUAUUUCCCUCCUCGAAGCUUGUAGAAAUCACUUAAAUGAUCCCUUGAUUGUCUCAAAGCAGUUAUUGAAGUGUUCACUCAAGGGAUUCAUCUUAGGGUAUUAAAUUUCGAGAUGAAGAGGCUUUGUGCAGGCUAAACCCUAUAGGGACCACUACGAAUUCACUCGGAUAUUUCUAGCAAGAUAAUUCGAGUGUUCACUUAAGGGUUAAUCAUAGGCUAUCGAAUUUUGGCAGUUUUUGAACCAAAAAGAGGCUGAUUGGAGCCUAAACCCUGUAGGGACCACUACGAAUUCACUCGGAUAUUUUUAGAAAUGAUAUUUCAAGUGUUCACUUAAAGGAUGCUUAUAGGCUAUAGAACUUCGGCAGUUUUUGGACUGAAAAGGCAUUUUUGAAGCCUAAACCCUGUAGGGACCACUAGGAAUCCACAUGGAUUAUUUCUAGCAAGAUAAUUCGAGUGUUAACUUAAAGGUUACUCAUAGGAUAUCGAAUUUUGGCAGUUUUUGGACUGAAAUGACAAUUUUCAAAGCCCUGUAGGGACCACUAAGAACUCACUUUGAUAAUUUCUACCAAUGAUAAUCUAAGUGUUCACUUAAGGGUUACUCAUAGACUAUCCGAUUUUGGAAGUUUUUUGGGCUGAAAAAAAACUUUUCAAAGCCUAAACCCUGUAGGGACCACUAGAAAUUCCCCUAGAUUAACUUUAAGAAAUGAUAAUCCAAGUGUUCACUUAAGGGUUAAUCAUAGGCUAUCGAAUUUCGGCAGUUUUUGAACCAAAAAGAGGCUGAUUGGAGCCUAAACCCUGUAGGGACCACUACGAAUUCACUCGGAUAUUUUUAGAAAUGAUAUUUCAAGUGUUCACUACAGGGUUACUCAUAGGCUAUCGAAUUUUGGCGGUUUUUUGGAUUAGAAAGACAGUUUUUGAAGUCUAAUCCCUGUAGGGACCACUACGAAUUUACCCAAUCAUUUCUCAGAAAUGAUAAUGUAAGUGUUCACUUAAACGUUAAUCUUAGGAUAUCGAAUUUCAGCAAUUUUGGGACAAAAAAGACCCUUUUCAAAGCCUAAACCCUGUAGGGACCACUACGAAUUUACCCAAUCAUUUCUCAGAAAUGAUAAUGUAAGUGUUCACUUAAGGGUUACUCAUAGGCUAUCGAUUUUCGUCAUUUUUUUGGACUAAAAGACACUUUUCAAAGCCUAAACCCUGUAGGGAUCACUACGGAUUCACUUGGAUCGUUUCUAGCAAUAAUAUUUCAAGUUUUCACUUGAAGGUUUAUCUUGGGAUAUUGAUUUUUGGAUGUUUUUGGACUAAAAUGGCAAUUUUUAAAGCCUAAACCAUGUAGGGACCAUUAAGAAUUCACUUGAAAUGAUCGUCCAAGUGUUCACUUAAGGGGGCCGACUUUCCGACGUCUCCGGCCGCGAUAUUCGCUACGAGCCUUCGGUUCAGAAAAAUAAUACUGGCGGCGUUUUGGCCACCGCCCCCUGGGUUACUCAUCAGGUGAGCUACCUUAAUUAAUAAGUAUAAUUAAUUUAAAAAAAUUCAGGAAUACGUCGACUCGAUCCCGCAAUCGCUCAAGAACGCGUUGCCAGAAAUCGCGGCGAAAAAUUGA